UGUCUCAAAGUUUUUUUCAUCCUUUCUCUCUUCUUUUGUGGUUCGGUAGUAGGUUUUCAGUACUGGAAAAUGGCACAAACUUGGCCAAGAGGCUUUUGUAAGUAUAACACCUGCGAUGCCUCAACAACCAAACCAUUCAAAUUUACUAUACAUGGACUGUGGCCCUCUGAUUAUGGGAAGCAACAACCAGAGUUUUGCUCUGUUAGCAAAAAUUCAUCUAUUUACUUGACUAAGGAAUUAGUUACUAAACUUGAUCAAGAUUGGCCAAGUUAUACUACUAUUCGGACAAACAAAGAAUUCUGGUCUCAUGAAUGGAGCAAACAUGGAUCGUGUUCAAACAUGUCAGAAAUUGAUUAUUUCAAGCUGGCCUUAGAUAUAUAUGCAAAUAACGAUAUCCAACAAAUACUUGGAUAUUCAAAUAUAUUGCCUGGCAACACUUACGAAGUAAACAAAAUUAUCCUAGCCAUAAGGACAUCCCCAAUUGGUGUUGAACCACAACUGAAAUGCGAAAAUGGGGAUUUAAUUGAAAUACGUCUAUGUUUGAAUAACAACCCUAUUCCCCAGUACAUCAACUGUCCUUCUCGACCAUCCUCAACUUGUCCUAUCAAUGUAAGCUUUAUCUAAAAUAUAAUAUAAUCAAUGAAUAAACAAUUACA